AUGUCUGAUUCGUACGAUGAUUUGAGGGUUGACAGACGAGAUCCCAUAACACUGACAAAAACAUAUAAAAAAGAUGUUAAAAACGUCAAAGCUGGCGCAAGUCGACAACAUUUUCUUACUUUUGAUGAUACAACACAAAAUGAAGAUGAAAAUCGUAGACAAUUGACAGCUUAUACAUGGCCCGCGGCUAUUAUUAAUUUUGAUAAAGCUUUAAAAGGAAUCGAACAACAUGAUUAUGAAGAAUCAUUAGUUCAUAUUAACAAGUGUUUAUUAUUAAUACCUUAUCAUAGUCAAUUUUAUGAAAUGAGAGCACAACUUUAUUUAGAAUUAUGCGAUUUUCAAAGUGCUUUACUAACUCUUCAAAAAAUUAUUUUAUCAUAUCAAGUAGUAACGAAAGAUCAAGAACAAUCACCAUCAUCAAAACCAAUUGUUAAUAAAGAAGAAAAAAUAUUGAAUGAAAAAAUAUCAUUUUUACGCUAUAUUUAUAUCCUUUUUUGUUUUAAUCAUACAUUUUGA